AUGGGCAGUGCAGCAGCCUCCCACGAGUGGCUUGUGAGACCCUACGUGUACUGCGUGCUGUUCUUGAAGGCCGAUGAUGGGGGGAAGCAGGACUGGGAGUUCCUGUACAGAACGGUGAAUGCGGAAAGAAACAGACUUGAAUAUGAAAACAAGGCAAUCGGAGCAAGCUUUGACGCGCUCUUCCAAAAGGCGUACUCUGCUGAAGUACAGCUGCGUAACGUGCGGGCAUACGCUGCACGGUGCUCUGGGAUGUACGCCCCUAACUUGUCGGACGUCAAGGAACUGGUGACGCUAGUCACCAAUAUACUCAGUCUUCUCGGAAACAGCGCCUCCGAACCCAUCAUUUCUCGCAUUCCAGAGAUCCUUGCGAUGGUGUCCGACUGCCGGGUGCACGACAAGCGUCUUUACGCAGCUUCGGAGCAGCUCAAGCGGAAGGCGGGGGACUGUGGCCUGGCCGCCUCCACAGGCCCGAGAGAGCAACCGCGUACAAAGUUUGGCUCCGAUGGAGUCAGCGCGGAUUUGCGCUGGCUAGUGGCAGCCACGAACGAUGACUCUUGGCUCGAGAUGAGCGACAGGUGGGAUGUCAGCCCUCUGGACUUGCGAUGGCUUGCCGUGGCGACCAACGACAGAUCUUGGCUCUUGAACAGAUUUGUGUGGAAGCGGAGUCCGAGAGACCUGCAAUGGCUGGCUGUGAACACGUAUAGAAGGGAGUGGCUGCUUUUGGGGGCAUCUGACCGCUGGCAGUCGACUCCUCCAGCGAUAAAGCUGAGGGCGAUCCAGGCUCAAGACCCAAGCAUCGUGAGGCCGACAUUGACAGAGGCUGUGCACUACAAGCUGGACGCUCAAAUUCGAUCGGAUAUCCAACGUGAAGUGGCUGCUCGUAAAGAGACCAUGUUCUCAGACAAGGAUCGGCAGAGAGAGGUUGUGUACUCUCCCGAAGAGCCCGUACUCACUGCGGCCGAUGUAACCGCCAUGCCGGAGGAGCGUAAGCCCUUCUCUAGUCUUACCACCCCUGAUAAGCCAAGUUCACAAAGCAAGGCACCAACGUUCCCGAAACAGGGGACCGUGCCAGCCACCCAACCGCCGGUACCUAAUAGCUCCCCUCCCCCUACUACCCCGUUCACUCCCAAGACAGGCAGUAUACCGAGGAAAGCACCUGAAGCCGAGCAAAAACAACCUUCCGACCUCCCGGGUCCUGGGGGUCCCAAAGCAGCUCCAGCAGCAGGCAAAAGCCUCCCGGGGAAAGCAGGCGCCGCGGCUGGAGCCAAAACUGUUCCGUCUCCAGCAGGUAAGAAAGAUGGCCCACCAGGAGCUAAAGCAGCCGGAGCACCUGCAGCCACAGCGGGGGGCCCCCCAGAGGCAAAGGCAGGGCCUCCUGGUGUCAAGACCUCUGCGGCCUCUAAGCAAACGGCUGGUGCUCCCCCCGCUUCCGGGACAGGAGCUCCCUCAGCGCCGCCUGAGCCAGCAAAAGAGGGCGCUUCAAAAGGCAAGUCAGCUGGCCCCCCGACAAGUAGGACUGUGCCUUCCGUCACAGCAAAGCCACCAGCUUCCCCUGCUCCCCCCGGCAAAGCGCCGAAACCACCAAGUGCAGGAGGACCACCGGGAGCUCCAGAUUCCGCAUCUCCAGAAGCUAAGGGCAGCGGGGCAGGAGACUCCAGCAAAAAGGCUCCAGGUGCGCCCCUGACAGCCCCGGGAGCAGCUACAGCCAAAACUGCAGCACCUCCAAAGGCUCCUUCCGCAGGUAACUCUAAUCUGCUCUCGAAGGCUCCUACUGCUCCACCUACCGGCCCCUCCCAAAGCAAGGCUGAAGCGCCUUCACCUACAAGUGGCUCACCCCCAACCGGCAAGUCCUCUAUUUCCUCAGGGCCACCUGCUGAUAAAGCCGGACCACCAUCAAAGCCCACGGGCCCUCCUUCGUUGCCGAAGGGCCCAGCAAGUCCUGGCCCCCCCAAGGAUAAGGCGCCGUUGCCACCAUCGAAGGAUAAAGCCGCUCCUCCCCCACCCAGCAAACCAGCUGCACCACCACCUCCUGGUAAGGCCUCACCCGCACCAGCUGCCGGCAUGGGAGCACCUCCCGCGCCUCCACCAGGGGGCAAGGCUCCUCCGGCUUCAAGCGAAGAAGCCCCCAAGCUCCCGCCAAAAGCUGCAAAAGCACCGCCGAGCCCUCCAGACGGCAAGCCCUCGCCGCCGUCGAAGAGCGGUGCGCCCGUACCGGGCCCCCCGAAGAAGGCCCCAGGCGUGAGUAACACUCCUUGA